AUGCACCAAAUCCCAAAAUCGUUUCCACAUUACCUAGCGGCUUCUGCUACUUUUAAUAGAACAUUAUUCCGCUAUAAACACAUUGCACAGCAUAUUAGACUGGUCUCAAAGACCUCUACGAAUACCAAUACAAAUACCCCAUAUUUGAACCCAAUGAAUUUUAAUCCACAUAAUUCUACUUUCACUGAUAACUCAACGUCAUCUUCCAAUCCCAAUGACACUGAUGUUGCAGAUAUCGCUAAUCAGGUGCAAUACUUAAAAACAUUACCAAAAUCACAAUUGUUUUCUCUUUUCUGUAUCGGUUUAGUGACUACAAGAAGUUCUUUUUUGAAUUUAGUGAUCAAAAUAUUCCCUUAUUUGCCAAUGUGGGUUAUUAAAUUUUUUGUUUCAAAGUUAUACGUAGGUGGGAAUACUAUCAAUGAAGUAAAGAAAACUGCUCUGGAGUUAAGAGAAAGAGGAAUUUCAAACAUGAUGUUGUCAUUGACAAUAGAGGACUCCGAAGGACUGAAUGCGAGUAUUAAUGUAAAUAAAAUUAUUGAUCAAACUAUCAAAUCGAUUCACGAAGUGUUGAAAGUGAACAUUGUCGAACAAAUAGAGGACUGCAAAUCGUCGGGAAAGAACAUAAAUGAUAUUGCUCCCGGGUAUAUUGCUUUGAAAGCAAGUGCCCUUGUACCAAACUCUAAUGAUAUUUUGUUUCAUUUCAAUAAUCCAAUGUACAAAGAGAAAAGACAGGAGUUAAUAAAAAAUGUUGAUACCAUCACAAAUGAAGUAUUUAUGUUAAACCAAAAAUUAGGUAAACUAUAUCCACAAAGAAAAGCCCCUUUCUUAGUCUCCACAAUCGAUGCUGAAAAGUACGAUUUGCAGAAAAAUGGUGUCUAUGAAUUGCAAAGAAUCAUGUUCCAAAAAUAUAAUAAAGCUGAAUAUCGUCUGACUUCCGUAGUAGGCACAUGGCAGUUAUACUUGAAAGAUUCUGCUAGUGACAUUUUAAAAGAAGAAGAGUUGGCAAGAAAAGGAAAUUAUAAAUUAGGUCUAAAGUUAGUUAGGGGUGCAUAUAUCCACUCAGAACCAAAUAGAAAUGUUAUCUUUGAUACAAAAUCAGAUACUGAUAAAAAUUAUGACAGAGUGACAUUAAGUGUCAUGGAUGAUAUGAUUAAGAAUAGUUCCAAUUCUGCCUAUGGCCACUUGAUGAUUGCUUCACACAAUCAGAAGUCGCAAUUAGCUGCUACUGAAUUAUUACAAAAACCUAAUACAAAUGAAUUUACAAAGACAAAUGUAAUAAUGGGCCAAUUAUUAGGCAUGGCCGAUAUGCUAACCUAUGAAUUAAUCAAAAAACACAAUGUCCAGAAUAUUAUUAAAUAUGUACCUUGGGGUCCACCUGUCGAGACAAAGGAUUAUUUGCUAAGGAGAUUACAAGAAAAUGGAGAUGCUGUUAGAACCGAAAAUGGUUGGCCACUAGUUAAAGCAAUUGUCAAGACGGUCUUUUCACCUUAA